UGUUUUUUGUGUAUUGUAAAUAUAAAGAGAAAGAGUGACUUAGUUUUUUGUGUAUUGUAAACAAUAAGAGAGCGACGAAUCUCCUUGAUAAGAGCUCAUUAACACGUUAAAACCAAAAUAAAAGAUACGAUUAAGAUUAAAUAAUAAAUUCCCCGGUAAAAGCGUAUAUUAAAAAUAAUGCGGAUAACGUAUAAAUUCGGUCAAAUUUACCUUUUCCCCGUCCGACCGGUCAGACGCUUUUUUACUUUCAAACUUCAAACGGGCGACUCGUCGGCACGGAUCGACUUUCGUCACGAAAUCCGCCGAAAACUAGGUUUACCGAACGAACGAACAAUGUGCCUCGAAGGAUCGAACGCCGCCGGCUGAUCGCGUCGAAGGCAGAAACUCGACCGGGAUGGAACAGCUGAAGAACGAGAUCAAGUCCUUGCUCACGAGCAGCAGGAGGAAGAGGACUUCACUCGACGACUUGAUGCGCGAUUACAAGGACUUUGUUGGACGUCCUCUUCCUUUCGGACAGUUCGGAUGCCGACACCCCGUCGACCUCCUGAGGCAAAUGUCAGACGUCAUCUUGAUACAUCAUGACCCAAGGUUUGGUUUUUUUAUGCAGCCAGUAAAUAACAGCCGUUCUUCUCAUAUAUCAGACUUAAUCCAAAAUCAAAGAAAGACGAGAGGAAGGGCAACCCCUCAAUUUUUUUUCAAUAAUUCAAAUUUAAAAUAUCAUUACUGGCAACCCAAACAGAGACAUUUUGAGAAGGAAGAAAUUUAUGAGGGCCUGAAAGAAGAGAGUCAAGACGUAAAAUUGGCACCUACGAGUACACAGAGCGAGCCAAACAAUCAAACCGAGAAAAAAGUAGAAUCUGGCACGAUGACGAGUCAAUCAGAAAAGUUUACAGCUGGCAGCACUUCUAAGUCGAGCGCCUCAACUGUUCUCCAGCCGUCUGUCACAUCGAAUUGUGACUCCGGGAACGAAAGCGAUCUCAUCGCUAAGAAAAAAAACCGUCCUAAAACUGAUGCAAACAUCUCGGAAUUCAGCAGCGUGAAAGACGUGAAAAUAGAGGAGCCGGAGAUGUCAAAGAUUUGCAGCAGGAAGUGUACAUACAUUCAGUCUGCUUCUUUCAAAUCUGGUGCAAAGCAAGGUCCAAAUGUCACACCACAUGAAAACUCUGAUAAUUUGUAUGAUUUGAAUGAUGUAAGUGAUUUCAACUGUUCGCCUUUUGACAAAGUCAAAUGUCCUACAAUCAAGAGACCUGAAAAUGUCCCUUCUGCUGUGAGCUUGAAAGAUGACUUGGAGUGUACUAAUGAUGCAAUCAGUCUGAAAAUGAAGGAGAACUUCUAUAAAAUUCUUGAAAACCACCCCGAGGGAAUUCCUAUGUCGAAUUUUUUUUCAAAGUACAAGGAAGAAUUCGGCAUCCCGCUCUCCACAUUCUCAAUCGGGUUCACUUCCCCACGUGAAAUGGUGAUGCAUUACCCUAAUAUUUUCGCAUACGAAAAGACAAAACUGUGCCAAGAGUGGAUUUUAUUCGAUGCCAGGAUUAAUCCUAAAAAGCGCACCAAGGAAAAUGAUUCAACAUGGCUGCCGAUAAUGGUCUUGGACAAUUUGGCCACGAUUGCCCAAGAUUUCCCUGAAGGUAUCAAAGGGGAGGAGGUUCUUAAAAAGUAUUCGGAGCGGUACGGGACGGAGAUAAACUGGAGUGUACUGGGGUUUGACACCAUCUCUUCAUUCCUGGUGCGCUGCCCGAGUAUAAAAACAAAACUCAAGGGUGAUGAGUGUAUCGUAUUUCCAAAGAACUGGGGGAAGAAGAAGUCUGAUACAACCGUAGUUCAGUCAGCGUUGCCGACCCAGGACGAAAUGAAAUACCUUUGGAAACAAUACUUCAAAGAGGAUGUCUGCGAUCCUACAUUCAGUUUUAAAAAGAUGGAAUUGCCCAAUCAACAACACAUCAAAAUCAUCUUCUCUGACAUACACUCUCCAAAACUAUUUUGGAUACAGUUUCACGAGAGCAAUUAUAAACUUGUUAAACUGAUGUACGAUCUCAACAUAUUCUAUGAUGAGUACGAGGAGGAGUAUACACUUGAUCAUAAUGUAAUAAAACCAGGUUUAGCAUGUGCGAUUAAAUUUCCAUGUGAUGAAAGAUGGCACCGGGCAAAGAUUAUGAGUGUCGUCAAUGACUCAACAGUCAGAGUUUAUUAUGUCGAUUAUGGCACGGUCAUGGAUACACCGGUCUCCGAUUUGCGUGCCCUCCAUAAGAAUUUCUCUGAAUUCCCCAUGUUUGCAGUGAGCGCCACGAUGUAUGGUAUCGCACCUCUGAACGAAAGCGGCUAUACGGCGCAAGCCGCCAGCUACCUGUUCGAUCAGUUCAGCGGGAAGAGCCUUUACGCUCAGAUCGUCAAGGUCAACAUUGAUGACCCUGAACUUGAGCUGCUCCUGUGCGACACGUCUAAAGAGCAAGACGUCAACGUAAAUGAAAUGAUGAUCAAUAAAGGCUUCGCAAUAUGGUCAGCUGCAAAAACAGUCGUUAAAAAAGAGAAAAGAGAAAGGAUCCUCGACGAGUCCUCAGUUCAAAUGUUUUACCAGUUGUUUCCAGGUUGGCUGUACGAAAGUGACGAAAACACCACAAAAGAUAUUUCCAAUGCCACAGACGCACUCGACACUUGUGUUAGAAAUGAAAUAGCGCCGCUGAACCUUGAGAAUUUCUCAUGCUGCAAGAGGCACAUCCUCAGAGCGUUUUUUCAAAGCAAUCCAGUGAAGAUGUGCAAGAUGUGGAAUAUGAUAAUAUCCAGGUAUUCGACCCAGCUCGAAGACACCUUGCUUAACACUCUUCUAGAAGAGAUCGACGCAAAAGACUUUCAGGAUAAACUGCUCCUAAGGUCGUGUACGAACGGAAAUUCAAAAAGCUCAAAGUCCGAAUUGAAAAAUUGUUUAAACACCCAGCAGGAAAAUUUCGUUCUGGAGGAGAAUAUGACAUUUUAUAAUGAAAAGAAGAGUACUGAUAAUAGUAACGUUCACAUAGAGAAGAAACUUCAGCAACACCGUGGUGAUUUAAAUACUUCCCAAAGAAAGAAACACCGUAAAAAGAAAACAAUAUUAGAGGCUGUAAUCGAUGAUUCAGGGAGCAAACUUUGCCUCGUACUCUUCAAAAACACCGUGUGCGUCGUGUAUCAGCAGCUGAUCAGCCUUUUUGCCAAGGGCGUCCCCGAGAAGCUCAUCGAUCACAGGCUCCAGUCCCAAUCUUUGGAACCGGAUUUGGUGCAGAUUACGCUCAAGGCACACCCGACCCUUUACGAAGAGAUUGGAAAAUUCUGCCCGGCACAAAAGAGGGACAGGAAAAAUCUCUAUCUCCUCCCGUUGAAACAGGCGAGAAGGUUUUUGGAAGUAAUCGCACCAAGUUUUAACAAAAGACCUUAUGAAACUAUCGAGCACCUUGCCAACGAUUGUCACCCGGAUCAUGAGUAUUGGUUUGAAACGGAAGAAAAUUAAUGUAAGCUAGCUGUUUUUUUUAACAAACUAUUUUCCUUUAUUAUAAUUAGAGUUGAUCAUUGCAUUUGUUUAGAGUUUUCGUGGUGUAAUCAAAGUACUGGUUUUAGCCAGUAAUUACAAUUGUUAACAAUUCAGACGUAACCGAUCAUUUGCCGACUGAGCACCCAUUGAUAUUUCUUUUGUAUUGUUUAUUUAACACUUGUACAUUUUUGUUAAUAUCUUUUAUACAUUGUAAACUCUUUUUUUUCUUUGCU